AUGGACACAGGGAAGGGCAGGGUGGCCGCUGCGCAACAGCAGUCUCAAGCUCAGCCUGCGGCUCCAGCCCAAGACGACACAGGCUUCCAGAGUCAGCCUCAGCCUCAGCCUCAGCAACAACAACAACAACAACAACAACAACAACAACAAGUGCAGCAGCCAGCGGCGGCAGCGCAACCGCAGGCGCAAAAUGUCCAACCUGUUGCGACAGUUGCUCAGUCUCAGCCUCCCACUGCACAAGCGGCUCAGGCUACGAGGCAGGCUGCGCCUGCCUCGAGCGCUACACUACCUGCGAGCAGUGUCAUGCCUGCACUUCCAGUCAGCACAGCUGCCCUGGUGCCUUCGAUGACAUCCAACGCACUGAGUCCCACCAAUUCUGCUUUGGCUGUAACAAGCACGCCUACUCCAACCACCGGCCAAACGUUCCACAUCACUUAUCUCAUUCCUCUGUUCGCCGUUCUUGGCAUUCUCCUGCUUGCAACCCUCAUUGGUAAAUGCUGGGGCGUCAUGGCCAAUCACUCCGAGCGUCAGGAGCGCAGGCGGCGCAAGCAGCAAGCAGGGCUCUCCGGCAGCGGUACGAUCAGCAACCGUAAUAUGAGCCAGAUCAGCUACGAGACCGACGGAUACGACUUCUUCAUGGGCAAAGGCAACCACUGGGUCGACUAUGCACCGACCCAGCGUGGCCCGCAGCCAGGCCAAGGAUACGGCAAUCGGCCUCAGUAUCGGCCUGGCAACUUCUGGGCGCGGGACGUGCCAACGACACGAACGCGAGCAGGGCGGUUCGAGUCUGGCGUGCAGAGCAACGCCUGGUGGAAGCUCAAGUGGCAACGCGCUUUCGGUGCGCAGGAAGUCGACAGUCAGCACACAUAUACUGCUUUCCCACCACAAGCGAUGAAAAUGUCGCGCCUUGGGGGAGCUUCUAGAGAGGGUGAUGGCAGGCCAGAAGCGCUUCGUCCUUCAGAAGACGCAACGCCUGCGCCAAAGUCAUUUUGGCCCGGCCGCUUAAAUCGCCAGCGCUCGUUCAGUCCAACAUCGUACGAGCGAAGACGCAUGUCGCUUUUGGACAAAGCUUCCGAGUCCGCUAGCAAUUUUGCACGCGCGCUGAAGAGCGGGCCCGGCGCCAUGGUCUCUUGGCUGACCAACUCUCGCGCCGACGACAGCGGUGCAAACGAGUCACUGAAUCUGCUCUCCGUGACUGGAUCGCCUGUGAAGCUCGGAGGAGCGGGCGAGGACUUACCCGCAUUCCACAGUCCGCGCUCUUCCCCUCGAAAGACCGCACCUUCUCAUUUGCCUGUCGUCCACACCGCCACUGGGCAAUUGUCCCAGGCGUGUCGUUCGCACAGCGUUCCAUCUAUCCUCGACGAUGACGGCUUCAUUGAGUCACCGAUGUCCAGUCCGACAAAGAAAAGCUCUUCCGUACGUCGCUACGUAGCUUCACCUCAGGACACAGACCUGCAUUCGGCAUCCGCGUCCGCGUGCAGUUCGCCGAGCAAGUACACUUCGUCCAGCUGGGGCCGUAGCGCGUUCACCGCCUCUCCCAAUUUUGAAGACAAGGACGACGAGCGCAUGACCAACUUUUCUGAUCUCUUGCGCCGAAACACGCUCGCAAACUCAGAAAUAUCCAAUAUACAGCCACUAAGGGAAGAAGGUUACAUAAGUGCGCCAUCUCGAGCAAGCACCAGGAAAAGUCGCGCGACUGUCAGGAUCAAUGCGAAUGUUGAAGAGAUCGGCAGUGCUUAUGGUCCCCUCAACUCUCCCUCCGCCUCGUCCCUGGCCUCUCCACGCACCGCCUCCCCUUCCAAACAGGCCUGGGAGGAACCCCAGCCGAGAGCACCGCUGUCGAGAAGUAAGACGGUGUCCGUCAAGAAGCCAGUGAAUGGAGCGAAGGCGGAGAGACAUCGACGAGCUAAUUCGACGCAUGCUAGUCCUUCCCAGAUCGCAAUGGACAGUCCGAUCGCACGUUCAAAGACGCUGAAGAAGAAGCGUCCUGUGGCAGACGAAUCUGCUGUUUUGGAAGCCGGUGGGGCCACUGCCAGCAUUUCAAAGAAGCCGCCGCUAACCGAGAUGGUGACAGAUGUCUUUGGAACCAUGGACCUGAAGCGGACAGACACACAAGGCAGCACUAGCUCGAGGACCACGCAGAGCAGUGCAAGCUCAGGAGCAACAAUGGUGGACAGAAAUGUGCUUGUUCAUGCAGGCAAGACUGAUGGAGAGCAUGCGUUGAAGAUGCUAGUCAAUUCGGUGACACUCUCUGAGAUGCACAAAAUCAGCAGCUUUGCCACUGAGAUUGUCGCCAUGAUGUCGCACACCGAGGAAGGAGUUCAGCAGGAGCCCACAGCGCCACCCAUUGUCGAGCUCAAGGACAAGUCAGAAGCGCGGCUCGCAACCCCUGUUCAGUGUGUCGCUCCGAGUGAGGCGCAAUACUCACCUUCGCCUAUCUUAACUCCCAUAAGGCAGAAGACGUGGCUGCGCAAGGGAGGGCGGUGGCAGAGAUCGGCUGGGGAAGCGAGUGACGAAGAAGAUGACGAACAGCCGGCUUUGCAACGUUCACCGCCGAUUUCUCCAAAGAGGGCAGUGUCUCCUCCGCCUCUUCCCUUACCCUCUCUAGGCACAUCGCCAGGUCUCCCAGAUGCACUUGUCGUUGCCUCACCCGCUUCACCCCACGGUCCGACGUGGCAGAAUUUGCUGCUGUCCAGUCCUGCGCCCAAGGAUCGUGCCUCCGAUCUCUUCCUCGCCUCGCCAGUCACAGCAUACGGAGAUAAAAACCCGCCACGCCGCCGCAAGGGACCUCAGGGCUCGCCUGCCGCUCAUACCAAGAGCCUGAACAAUAUCCCUGCACCUACUAUCCCUAGAAGCCAAAGCACGGUGAUGCAGAAGACAUUCUCUACAAUCAGUGGCAGUACAGUGCUUGGCGAUGAUGGACCACAAGGGCAGUCUUAA